UACAUCCGUUUGUCGUGCGACACAGACUCCGAAACGCUGUAUGAUCUCAUGACCCAGCACUGGCACCUGAAAACCCCUAACCUGGUCAUCUCUGUCACUGGGGGCGCAAAGAACUUUGCGCUCAAGCCCCGGAUGCGCAAGAUAUUCAGCAGGCUGAUCUACAUUGCCCAGUCCAAAGGGGCCUGGAUUUUCACAGGAGGCACGCAUUAUGGGCUGAUGAAGUACAUCGGCGAAGUGGUCAGAGACAACACCAUCAGCCGGAGCUCGGAAGAGAACGUGGUGGCUAUAGGCAUCGCAGCCUGGGGCAUGAUUUCCAACCGAGAAAGUCUGAUUCGCAGUGGUGAUGAUAACGGGUACUACUUGGCCCACUACAUAAUGGAUGAUCUCAAGAGAGACCCGCUCUAUUGCCUGGAUAAUAAUCACACCCAUCUCUUGCUGGUUGAUAACGGCACCCAUGGGCACCCGACGGUAGAGGCAAAAGUACGAACUCAGUUAGAAAAGUACAUUUCGGAGCUGGUUAUCCCAGAGUCUAAUUAUGGUGGGAAGAUUCCAAUUGUGUGUUUUGCUCAAGGUGGAGGGAAAGGGACUUUGAAAUCUAUCAAUGUGGCCAUCAAGAGCAAGAUUCCCUGUGUCGUGGUGGAAGGCUCUGGCCGGAUCGCUGAUGUUAUUGCUAGCUUGAUAGAGACAAAAGGCACUUUUACUUCUUCCUGUGUCAAGGAGAGCUUGCUCAGGUAUCUGCCUCGCACCAUUUCAAGGCUCUCGGAAGAGGAGACGGAAAGUUGGAUCAAGUGGAUCAAAGAAGUCCUUGAGAACCCUCAUUUACUGACAGUUAUCAAAAUAGAAGAAGCUGGAGAUGAAAUUGUGAGCAAUGCCAUUUCUUUUGCUCUGUACAAAGCUUUCAGCACCAAUGAACAUGACAGAGAUAACUGGAACGGGCAGCUGAAGCUGCUGCUGGAGUGGAACCAAUUGGACCUGGCCAGUGAUGAGAUCUUCACCAAUGACCGAAACUGGGAGUCUGCUGACCUGCAGGAUGUCAUGUUCACAGCCCUAGUGAAAGACAGGCCCAAAUUUGUCCGUCUCUUCCUGGAAAACGGCUUGAAUAUGAGGAAGUUCCUUACCACAGAGGUCCUUAGAGAGUUGUACACCAACUACUUCAGCAGCCUGGUGUUCAAGAACCUGCAGAUCGCCAAGAAUUCCUAUAAUGAUGCGCCCCUCACAUUUGUGUGGAAGAUGGUUGAGGACUUCCGAAGAGGUCUCAAAAGAGAUGACAAAAAUAGCAAGGAUGAGAUGGCGAUACAUCUUUCAGAUGAGUGUCCUAUCACAAGGCAUCCGUUGCAAGCUCUGUUUAUUUGGUCAGUUCUUCAGAACAAGAAAGAGUUGUCUAAAGUCAUUUGGGAGCAAACCAGAGGCUGCACUUUGGCAGCGCUUGGGGCCAGUAAGCUGCUGAAAAGCAUGGCAAAGGUGAAGAAUGAUAUAAAUGCUGCUGGUGAGUCUGAGGAGCUCGCUAAUGAGUAUGAAACAAGAGCAGUAGAGCUGUUCACCGAGUGCUACAGCAAUGAUGAAGAUCUCGCUGAGCAGCUGCUGACCUAUUCCUGCGAAGCCUGGGGAGGGAGCAAUUGUCUGGAACUAGCAGUGGAAGCUAAGGACCAGCAGUUCAUUGCACAGCCAGGGGUGCAGAAUUUCCUUUCCAAGCAGUGGUAUGGUGAGAUUUCAAGAGACACUAAGAACUGGAAGAUUAUACUGUGUCUGCUCUUUUUCCCUUUGAUCGGCUGUGGUUUCAUCUCAUUCAGGAAAAAGCCCGUGGAGAAGAGUAAGAAACUCUUCUUGUAUUAUGUGUCUUUCUUCACCUCUCCAUUUGUGGUCUUCUCCUGGAAUGUCAUCUUCUACAUCGCUUUUCUGUUGCUCUUCGCCUACGUGUUGCUUAUGGAUUUCCAGAAGGAACCUACAGUCCUGGAGAUGAUCCUUUACGUCCUGGUCUUCAUUCUCCUUUGUGAUGAAGUGAGACAAUGGUACAUGAACGGCAGUAAGUAUUUCUCAGAUCCGUGGAAUGUUAUGGAUACGCUAGCAAUCUUCUACUUCAUAGCGGGGAUUGCGCUCAGGCUUCACUCAUCUGAUGAAAGCUCUUGGUAUUCUGGGAGAGUCAUCUUCUGUUUGGACUACAUCGUUUUUACUCUGAGGCUGAUCCAUAUUUUCACAGUUAGCAGGAAUCUAGGACCCAAAAUUAUUAUGCUGCAAAGGAUGAUGAUAGAUGUCUUCUUCUUCCUCUUCCUCUUUGCUGUGUGGAUGGUGGCCUUUGGUGUGGCCAGACAAGGCAUCCUGAGGAAGAACGAGCACCGCUGGGAGUGGAUAUUUCGAUCCGUCAUCUACGAGCCGUACCUGGCUAUGUUCGGCCAGUACCCUGAUGAUGUUGACGGUACCACCUACAACUUUGAUCGCUGCACCUUUUCUGGGAAUGAGUCCAAGCCCUUGUGCGUGGAGCUGGAUGCCAACAACCAGCCCCGCUUCCCGGAGUGGAUUACCAUUCCUCUUGUCUGCAUUUACAUGCUCUCAACAAACAUCCUCCUCGUGAACCUGCUUGUGGCCAUGUUUGGCUACACUGUUGGAUCAGUACAAGAGAACAAUGACCAGGUGUGGAAGUUCCAGCGUUACUUCUUGGUCCAAGAAUACUGCAAUCGCUUGACUAUCCCCUUUCCUUUCGUCAUCUUUGCCUACAUAUUCAUGGUGAUGAGGAAAUGUUUCAAAUGCUGCUGUAAGAAGGAAAGUAAAGAGCCAUCUAUUUGUUGCUCAAAAAAUGAGGACAAUGAAAUUCUGGCAUGGGAAGCUGUCAUGAAGGAAAAUUACCUUGUCAAACUCAAUACCAAAGCAAAUGAUUCAUCGGAAGAAAAAGUCUGCCCCUCUUUGAUGGUGCAUCGAUUUAGACACCUGGAUGCAAAGCUCUCUGAUUUGAAAGGCCUUCUGAAAGAGAUUUCCAGCAAAAUCAAAUGA